GAGCUGGAUACCGGACGCGUGCGGAGCAUAUGAGAGUCGCCGGAUGCGGGCGCACCGAGCCCGCCUGACUCCCGAGAGAACGCCGCAAGAUGAAGACACCGCUGCGCCAUGGCGUUGCCGUGCUUCUCCUACUGCUCCUGUGCGCCAGCCUCUUCCUGGUCUACAACGGCAGCUUCUACAGCGCCGUCCGGGACGCCAACGACACGCGAACGCGGCGCCAAGAGGAAGCGCAGCCACGACCCACCGACGCCUCCUUCAGGCCGGCCCGGCCUCACCCCCCGGCCCUGCAGGGCUACAGCAGCAUUGUGGACCGCAAGCCUCUUAAGAUGCACUGCCGAACGUGCGCCCUGGUGACCAGCUCCGGCCACCUCAUCGGGGGCGGCCGGGGCGACGAGAUCGACCGGGCCGAGUGCGUCAUCCGCAUGAACGACGCACCCGCCGCGGGGGUCUACGCGGCCGACGUGGGCCGCCGCACGUCGUUGCGCGUCAUCGCUCACUCCAGCAUGCAGCGUGUGCUGAGGAGCCGCAACCAGCUGCUCAACGCUAGCCAGGACGCCGUUUUCAUCUUCUGGGGGCCCAGCAGCUACAUGCGGCGCGACGGCAAGGGCCUGGUGUACAACAACCUACGGCUCAUGAACCAGGUGCUGCCUGCGCUCAAAGUCUACAUCAUCUCCUGGCAGAAGAUGCUGCAGUUUGACGACCUCUUCAAGAAGGAAACCGGCAAGGACAGGAGGAUAUCGAACUCGUGGCUGAGCACCGGCUGGUUCACGAUGACCAUCGCCCUGGAGCUGUGCGAUAGGAUCAAUGUGUACGGCAUGGUCUCGCCCGACUUCUGCAGCAGGGAUCCUGAGCACCCAUCGGUGCCCUACCACUACUACGAGCCGCGGGGCCCCGACGAGUGCGCCAUGUACAUAUCGCACGAGCGCGGCCGAAGGGGCAGCCACCACCGCUUCAUCACAGAGAAGCGGGUCUUCGCCGAAUGGGCGCGGACUUUUGACAUCCACUUCUACCAGCCCGACUGGAGCCCCGCCCCUCUGCCGGCGAACCGCACCCUGGACGAAGGAGCGUCGAAGGGAUGCCAAACGUGAUUUGGACAACGAGCCCUCCCGGGGAAUAUGAGCAGAAUUAGGCGCCGACACAAGACGACGCCGAUCCUGAUUGACGUUUGUUGGGGAAAAUAUUUCAAGGCUGCUGCCAAAGCGUCGCACGGAAGGCGUUCAAAGUCACAAGACAUCGUUUUUUUAUUUUUUAUUUCCCCCCCCCGAAGGUGAAGUUAUACGAGGAGCAAGCAUCGUCGUCUCAGGCUCACUCGGGAGAGAAUGCAGCAAUGUCAAUCAUUCUGUGCGUACGUGUGUGGAGGCAGUGGAGGCACUGUUAAGAGAGUUCAAUUUAAAGUUAAACUUGUGAUCUUUUUUAAAGAUGAAGCAGGUCGAAUGAAAUGAGUUUUUUUUUUUUUCUCCCCCCCCCCCCCCCCAGGUUAAGUUCACAGCCUAAAUUUGUGUGUUUACUUGGCGGACAUGUCAUACAUUUUACUACAUUUGCGUUGACCACGUUUAAAACCAACUCGCCAAACUCGAUAUCAACUUCGAUCAAUCUCAUCUUGAAAUUGAAUCUCAUUAAAUUCACAAGAAAACAAGCAGCUAGCACCACAGCAACAAAUCACAUGGUAGGGUGGAGGCAUGUUCUGAUGUACAGCGAGCAACCCGCUAUUCACGCAGGAUAGGAACCGAGCCCAGCCGCGAAUACCAAAAAUCUGUAACUGACAACGGCCUACAAAGGUUUAUGCUCUACUGUAAUUUCCAAUGGAUGCUUCAAGAUUGUGGCAAAGGACUACUUUUGUCUGAAGCUCCUCAACUCACGUCAGCACCAAGAUGCCAACAGUUGGUGCCAAAGCAAUAGGAUUAUUAGGCAAAUGCCGAACUGUAAAUAUGUGAGGGUUCGCCGUAAUAGAUCUGAAAAGCCGCACAGGUGAAAAUGGGAAAAGGAGCAUAUCAUCACCGAGUGUUGACCGACUUCCGUUCCUACGACACUGACGUAACUUGAUUUUGUACGCAUGGAUCAAGUAAGUCGGAACACAUUAUUCAACGCGAAAAGUCAAACGUCUUGGGUGUACGUUUCAAGUUGACCUGGAAGUCGAGCCACAUGUCAACAAGCUGAAAAGGAGCAUAUCGCCACCUAGUGUUGUGGCGGCAAACAUAGGUAGUUUGGCCAAGUAUCAUAGUCCAACGUAUUGGCGAAUACAGUGUUCCCCACAUAUUGGCGAUUUGCUACUGGCAAAUUCAACUAUUCAUUGAUUUUUUUUUGGGGGGGGGCGAGAACCUAUCUACUGUUAAUCGCUGAAAAACGAAGCUCUGGCCAAAGCUCUGUCUAAUACAAAAGGGAUUGCAUUGCCGCUGUCUUGUGUCAUGUUGGUGCCGAUGAACUAUGUCGAAGUGAGGGAAGGAGUUUCGAUGAACUGUCUGGGGGGAAAAAAAGACUGACCAAAUUCGCUCCCAACACCAGUUUCACCAAUUGUCAUGAAACUUAUUGGACAGGUUUAUCAUUCAUCAAGCAUGGAAAGGCUUACGGCCUGAAAUUAAAAGUGAAGUUAGUCCCUUUCGGUUUGAUUCUGGGCGCAUCUGAGAGCUCCUCCUACUAGGGAAUUUGCCCAAAAGAGCCGCAAUCAUAACCAGCUAUCCUAAAGAGGCCUAAAAAGAAUGCUAAAUUGCCAAGCUUUUUGGCCUACACCAUUCAACGUCAGCAAUUAUUCCAUGAAAAAGAUGUGGGAGAGCCUGUUUAUCGCAGCUUUCAGCUUUAAUUGUUUUUAAGUUUGUGUGGGAAUUUUGUGAAUUCAGUGGCUUUUCCUCCUUGGAAUGUUAGUGUCAUUUCUUUUCACGGUGGCCCUUCUUCAUACCUCAGCAGCUUACGAAUUAGCACCGUCUCCGGCUAAUAGUGUGAUUGAUGCUGCUGCAAGCCAUGCAAACACCGCCGUGUCACAGCAGACAAGAGGACGAUGAAGAUGGAGCGGCCGCAUCCAUCCCGCUACGUCUGUUGCGGCAGACUUUUCUCGGAUGAGGACGUGACAUGGCAAUCGCUCCGCGAAGUGUGCUUUUAACGUGCUGCAAUGUAGAACUGUCCCUCCGGCGGGUGGCAGAUGCUUUGUUGCGCACUUUUCCGCCGCCACUCCUCCACGAAUCAGGUGCCAGUCAGCGGGGGUUAAAAUGGAAAGAUGAGGUUUUCUAAUUAUACAUCCCGUUGAGUCCCCAUUGAUUUGGGCCUCAUCUUUGUGCAGUGAGUCAUGAGAGGAGUCGCAGUCUCAGACGAGGACGCAGCCGGAGGAGUCCUUUGUACCAUUAUACAUAAAAAAAAAAAAGAAAAACCUCAGUGUUGCUCACAAGGGUUGCAUGACUAGCAGCGUGUGGAGCACACACUUGGAUUAUUUUAGGUUUGUGCUAAUUAACGUUCAAUCGGGAAUGGGUUUGUAUUUGCUCGCCAGUGUUAUGUCUCUGUAUUUAUUCUGGGAGUAUUCAUGUCAGCAAAAUGGAUGACAAAUCUGAAACAUAACCUUCCAUUCAACGGUGUCGUGCGGGGGCCGAUCCGGUCUCAUGUAAAUGAGCCACAACUUAAACCGAGCCCCUUCUACUGCGGGGCCAUUGCCAAGCACCGCAGAAGCACACAAAAACUGGUAAAAUUCCAAACAGCUUGCAACAUUUUAGGAAAUAAAAGAUUUAGGGCCUGAUUCACUGAAGGUUUGCACAUGCGAAAACAGGCACAAACUGGACAGUUUAAGCAUAUUGCAAGCACUUUUACCAUUUAACAGCCAGACUGGAUAUGCAUUGCAUAUAUCUGCCAUUUAAUUUUGCCUCGUCAAAAAACAUUUCAGAUAUUUGCAGCUACAUUAUUUCCACACACAAUUUUCAUUUCAGAUAUCCGCAACGGCAUUCCGCCUAGGACGAGGUCCCUUUCGCCAAUCGUGACCAUGGCAUUUGUCAUUACAGAGAGCUACAAUUAGUUGCAGAUAUCAUAUAUAAUAUGAAUUACGGGUAUCUGCAACUGAAUGGUGGAUAUCUGUAACUCCAGUUUGAGAUCUCUGCAAUUUGAUUUUGACUAGUCAUAAUUCUAGUUCGUUAUCUUUAAUUCACCUCAAAUCAAGAUAGCUAAAUGUGCCUUUUCAGAUAUCUUAACUAGGUGAAAAGACAAAGCUAUCUGUAAAUGGAAUUAUGACUAGUCAACAUGACAAAUAGGCGGCACGGUGGGCGACUGGUUAGCACAUCUGCCUCACAGUUCUGAGGUUCAAAUCCUGGCCCUGCAUGUGUGGAGUUUGCAUGUUCUCCCCGUGCCUGGGUGGGUUUUCUCCGGGUACUCCGGUUUCCUCCCACAUCCCAAAAACAGGCAGGGUAGUUUAAUUGAACGCUCUAAAUUGCCCGUAGGUGUGAAUGUGAGUGAAAAUGGUUGUUUGUUUAUAUGCGCUGGCGACCAGUUCAGGAUGUACCCCGCCUCUCGCCCGAAGAUAGCUGCGAUAGGCUCCAGCACGCCCGCGACCCUAGCGAGGAUGAGCGGAUGAAUGAACAUGACAAAUAUGUUAGUUUUCCUCUUCCACUAACACUUCCAAUUCCAUCACUUCAAACUUCAUUUUGCGCAUGCAGUUUCCUCCCAAAUUUCCUAUGGUGCAAACCGUCAGAGCUACCCAAAGCAAAGAAAGCCUCUUCAAUACAGCGGUCGCUAUCACUUUUACAACUGUUGCCAACAGUGCGCGCAAUCUGUUAGUGAGCUAAAAUACAAUGUAGCACCUGCUAUUUGAGACCUUGGUAAAAGAUCACAAUCUUAGUAAAUCUCACGGUACACACCUAUCAACAGCGCACGGAAUAUGUUGAGAGUGAACACGUAAUUUACCAACCACUAUUUGGGAUCUUCGUAAAUCAGCCCUUACGGCGCUGCUGUUGGUUGUUUUUAUAUAAUGAGAAAAACAUGUAUACUAUCUGUAUGUCCUGCUUUUUCUUCUAUUAAAAUUGGUUUUAAUUCUG